GUGGAGCCGUAUAAAGAGCAACGGAACACAAGCCAGGCUUUAUUCCGCCUGAUUGUCCCGCUCACCGAGACCUCACAGGAAACCCGCGCCUCCGCCGGCCCUCGCACGUUCACUUAACAUCACUCACGCACACUUUUUACCCUCACACAGCCCGACCCGGCAGGGUGUCUGCGUCCGCGUGGAGAAUGAAUGGCCCCUGGAGAAGGAUGGCUGGAGCUCUGGUGCUCUGCGCUCUGAUGCUCAGAGCUGAGGUGAUGUGUGAGGAUCGAAAUGCAACUACUGCAACUACAAACACUACUGGGACAUAUGCCAUUACUUCAUCAGCUCCUGUCAUUGAAAAAUCUGCUACUUCGCCUUCUCCUUUGAAUGACAACAACACCUCAAUCACCACAAAUCCCACUGGAGCUCCCGAUGGAAAAGCCGGACAGGUGAUGUAUGAUGGAAAGGAAACUCCACAAAAACAUAUGACCACGGCUACUUUGACAACAAAUGAUUCUCAGAAGGAGAAAAAGUCCAGAACAUCAGAUUCCUCUGUCUUUGUGGGAAUCCUUGUCAGCGGUCUGCUUGCUGCCCUUGCAAUCGUUGUAGGCUACUUCAAAUGCCAACGCAGGACUGGCACCAAGGGACUGACGAUGGCAGAGUCCUGUCCAGUAGUAGUGGAGCAGGACAACCAGGGGAACACUCUCUUAUCUGUGGCCCCCCUAAACCCCCUCCCGGAAACCCUGGAGAAACCCAGCGUAAAUGGAGAGGCCCCUGAGGAGGACAAGACCCAGCCUCCUCCUCCCACCAACGGCCACUCCGCCACCAAGACAGCCGACACCGAGAUGUGAAAUGGUCUACAAGUAAUUGUAGCCCAGGAAUGCCCCUCCCUUCCCCCUCCCCCCAAAACACACACACGCACACCCACACACACACACACACAUGCCAUGGCAAACCCCCCCCCAAUUCGUAAUCAUCCCGUGCCCAACUACAGUGACUAGAACCAUUUCAUCCAUCAAUGGUGCCCUUUCCUCCCUCUCUUUUGGUCACAUGCCUCAAAUGAUCGAGAAAAACUAGCCUGACGAUGAUGGCGUUGAUGAAUGACGUUGAUGACGACGAAGGCUGGAAGUCCCUGUGGCAUUCAGGCCGGAGAAGAGAGACAGGAAAUGGGCAGUUCAGGGCGGGAAGAGAGUGCAUUUAAGCAUUAGUCAGCACUGGUUUCCAUGAUGCCUGUGGUCCCAGACGUGUGCUGUCAAGUCUAAAGCUGCGACCAACCCACGAGUAAAGCCAGCAUGAGCACAUCAGUGAAAUUGUUCCUUAGUUUAUUGUAAAGCCUCGGCAGCCGGAGAGGGAAUAAAUCACACCGCAAUGAAAUCCGGUUACAAACUCACAGAGAAAAUACAUUGGGCUCUUAUUUUGUUGGUCUGAUUGAGUCACUGAUUGUGAGACUGCAUGUGCUGCUUUUAAAUUGUGCAUGUGUCACCUGGGCUGUAUGUACAUCCAUACACGGACCUACGCUGCCCUUGCUCGCUGUGUCAGGGUUCCCACGCGUUGGCUGAGAUUAAACUACGAGGCUAACGAUCAGAACUCGCCCAGACGGGCAGCAUUGCAGUCUCAAAGCGUUAUAUUUAGGAUCUAAUUCUUUUGAAUGGUAGUUUAUGAACAAGAGUGUGUUGGAAAUUGAGUGGAAACGCUGUGAUCACAUCCAAAUAAUGUUAAAUCAGUUGGCAUGUUGGGUUCAGUUGAUCGAGCUGACGUGCUUGCGAGGUUUGUUUGCCUGCAAUGGAUGAAGUUUGUGAUUCCAUUCCAGCACGGAACAUUUGUUUCAAAUGUGUGCUGAGCGUGGCUGAGAGUUAGAUAACAACGAAUGGAAAGCUGAGGUCAAAAUAACUGAGAAAAUAUUAACUAAAUAUUAACUAAAUAGUGGCCAACAGUAUUUUUUUACUUUGCAUGAGUUUACCUUUUGAUUGCAAUACUGCAUUGCUCAUGUAUAUUUAUAUUACUACUAAAUUGGACUUAGGUAUGGUGUUAUGAACAGAUAAGAGUCAUUGAUAAGCUGCAGUUAAUGAGGAUAAUCUACCACAGAAAGCAACAUGGUGCCUCGUGACAUCCUUGUCUGCCAAACCAUAUCAUCAAUGAAAAUGUCCUAAAACGUUGGAGGUAAAUGAGCUCUAGACAAAGCGUGGGGACCUUGUGUUUGUAUGGAUGAGUGGUUGAUAAAAAGUGCUCAAACAUGUUGAGCCUCAAUGUGACAUUAGCCAUGAAAGCCAUGAAAAGUGUGCAAUUGUGAACUAGCCCAGCCAGAUUCACAUGGUGAGAAGUAUUUACGUUUUUAUCACAUUACGUUUUUGAGAGAGAGUUAGCCGCAAAGAAUUCUUCCAUCUUUCACUACAAACCGUGGUCACAUCCAUCAUCAAUCACAAGCCAACCGGCCUCAUUACGUCAUCAGCGUGACAUCAGACUCCUACUAAAGGCUUCAGAUUGCGGAGCCUCUUACUCUCAACUCCCAACUGCCAAUCUAUUUGAUAGUGUUAUUUUAUUUUCAAUAUACUUUUUACUAUCAGUAUUCUAUUGAACAGUGUCAUUUCUUUCCUUGUUUUAUUUUGUAAACACAUAUUUCUAUGUGCAGUUCAUAUAUUAUGUUGUGCUAAAGUAUGUAUGUAUGUAUGUUAUUUGGUGCCUUUAUAACAUCUGAUCCAGCUCAUAUAACGAAAUGAGCAAGGAAAGAUAUUCUGAUACAUAAAUGGAAAGUCUUUGCAUUGAUUUCUCCUUUCAAUCUAUUUUGUAUCUUUUCUUUGCUAACAUUCCAAUGUGACUGUUUCCUUUGACAGGCAACCUCAAAUCCGAUUCAACAAUGAAGGAAAUAAAAAGUGAAAGAUUAAUAACUAA